AUGGCUCCCUCGUCUCGACACGCCGGCAAUCUCGGCCAGAUUAUCGAGUACAUUCCAGACCGGCUAUAUCUUGCAUCAUAUGUCGACGCGCCCGACGAGAACACGCUCUUCCCCUACCCCGACCCGCCGCCGCGGUCGCCCAGCAAGCGUUCGCAGCAGCGGGCCGUCGACGGGCCCUCGCCGGCGCAGCAGAGCACAGCCGCCCACAAGAGGCCCUUCUACUUCACCGUCGACGAUACGCUCCUGUACAACGCCUUCCACCACGACUUUGGCCCGCUGCACAUUGGCCACCUGUACCGCUUCGCGCUGCAAUUCCACGAGAUCCUAGGCGCGCGGGAGAAUAAGGAGCGGCCCGUCGUCUUUUGGAGCCGGGCGGACCCGCGCAGCCGCGCCAAUGCGUCCUGCCUCCUCGCGUGCUACAUGGUGCUCAUCCAGUCGUGGCCGCCGCACCUGGCGCUGGCCCCCGUGGCCCAGGUCGACCCGCCGCUGAUGCCGUUCAGAGACGCCGGGUACAGCCAGGCCGACUACGGCAUCAUGGUGCAGGACGUCGUGUACGGCGUGUGGAAGGCCAAGGAGGAGGGCUGCUGCGUGCUCGAGACGUUUGAUCUCGAAGAGUACGAGCGCUUCGAGCGCGUCGAGCACGGCGACUUCAACUGGAUCACGCCCAACUUCCUCGCCUUCGCCUCACCCCAGCACACGCCCGUGGCGCGCACGCCCGAGGGUUCGGAGGGGUGGGCCGCGCUGCCCAAGACGCUGGCCGCCGUCGACGUGCACCCCACGCUGCCGCAGCCCUUCAAGAACGUGCUCCGCCACUUCUCGGAGCGCAACAUCGGGCUCGUCGUGCGCCUCAACUCGGUGCUGUACAACCCGUCCUUCUUCGAGGCCCUGGGCAUCCAGCACCUCGACAUGAUCUUUGAUGAUGGCACAUGCCCGCCGCUGUCGACGGUGCGCAAGUUCAUCCGGCUGGCGCACGAGACCAUCACGGUCAAGAAGAAGGGCAUCGCGGUGCACUGCAAGGCCGGGCUAGGGCGCACGGGCUGCCUGAUCGGGGCCUACCUCAUCUAUCGCCACGGCUUCACGGCCAACGAGAUCAUCGCCUUCAUGCGCUUCAUGCGCCCGGGCAUGGUGGUCGGCCCGCAGCAGCACUGGCUGCACCUCAACCAGGGCGUCUUCCGCGAGUGGUGGGUCGAGGAGCGCCUCGAGCGCCGCCUGCGCAAGGAGGCCAUGGCCGCCGCCGCCGCCGCCGCAAACUUGGUGCCCAGCACCCCAAUCCGCGCCAUGCAGAAGGCCAGCCUCGGCCAGCGCAGCGGCAGCAAGAAUAACAACAGCACAUCAACACCGCCCAACCGCGGCUCGACCCGCACGCCGCUCGGCGAGAUCGACCAGGACCACGCGCGCGACAACACCAUCGGCGUGCACGAAGACUACCUGCCGGCGCCGACGCCCGGCCAGCCGCGCAAGACGCAGCGCGACCGCCACCACCCCUACAGCCGCGCCGCCAGCGCCAGCCUGCACACGGCGGCCACGCUAGACGAGGAGGACGAGGCGGCCGUCGACAUUGACGCCAGCGCCGACCCCUCGUCGGCCGAGACGACACAGACUGAAGUGCUCGCCAUGUUGCGCACCUCGGGCGGCAGCUCCGCCGAGUCGGAAGAGGAGCUGCACCUGCGCAGCAUGCGCCGCAGCAGCAACAAACCCUCUGCCUCUCCCGAACAGCGCCACCGCCGCAGCGAGCGCUCCGUGUCGCACCACCAGACCAGCAGCAGCGUUACCGGCACCAUGACGACCACCACCACCACCAUGAUCUACCAGGUCGUCGACAGCAACGACGCCUCACACGACAUUGAGAACAUUGGUACCUCUUCGGCAUCAGCCGCCGCGCGCCACACGAAGGCCGCCGCCUACGACGGCAUCCACCAGCGCGCCGCCUCGGCGUCCUCGUCGGGCGUGCUGGCCAAGGUCCGCGGGAAUGCCAAGCGCCCUGGCGCCGUCGGUGCCGUGUCUGCCGGCGUGGUUUCGGGUACGGUCAGAGAGGCCGGCGUGCGCAAGACUAGCGGUCGCGUCGGCAGCGUCAGCGCUGCGCCUACGGCGGCUGCGACGGCUGUGGCGAGGAAGAUCAGUGGGCUGUGA